CGCUCUGUCCCAAGACUUUCCAAAAGUUCAUUCGAGUGUCUUAAACGGACCAGAGGGGAGCCAAAAAGCAACAAAAGAAAAAGAUUCUGGGCAAUGAGUUUCCGAAUCAGGGUUGAAUUCAGGAGACGGAGCUGAAGCUAGCCGAGCUUUUUGAUCUCUGUGUGUGUGUUGUUUGGUGGAUUCGUUUUGGGACAGUUGGAUUUUGAUGGAUACCAAUAAUUGGAGGCCUGCUCAGGCUGAGCCGGCCAUGGAUGGGGGCGAUUGGAGGACCCAGUUGCCCCCCGAUUCACGCCAAAGGAUUGUCAACAAGAUAAUGGACACUUUGAAGAGGCAUCUUCCUGUUUCUGGACAAGAGGGUCUGCAUGAGCUUAGGAAAAUCGCUGUAAGGUUUGAAGAAAAGAUUUAUACAGCUGCCACGAGCCAGUCUGACUACCUGCGGAAGAUAUCACUGAAGAUGCUGACAAUGGAAACGAAAUCUCAGACUGCAAUGCCUAGUAAUCUGCCAUCGAACUCAGCUGGCAAUAGCAAAAAUCCCCCAGAUCCAGCAUCUCACAGUAUGCAACCCCAAGUGCACAACCAAGGGCAACAGCUCCCUGUCCCAUUGGCACCUAAUCAGUCUCAAACACGCCAACAGCUGCUGGCCCAAAAUAUUCAAACUAACAUUGCAUCUGGUGUACCAAGUUCUGCCAGCUUGCCAUCCACACUAUCUUCUGUUACUAGUUUGAACCAGACUCCCAUGCAAAAUGUUGUUGGCCAGAACUCUGGGAUGCAGAACAUCUCUGGCAUUCCACAGAACUCAGUGGGGAAUUCAAUGGGACAAGGGGUGCCUUCAAAUAUGUUUGCCAAUUCUCAGAGGCAGAGUCAAGGAAGGCCACAGGUAGUUCCACAACAGCAACAGCAGCAGUCCCAGAGCUCACAGCAGUACAUUUAUCAGCAGCAGUUGCAACAUCACCUUUUAAAACAGAAGUAUCAGCAGGGAAAUAUUCCUCUCAUGCAAUCUCACAUCCAGCAACAGCAGCAACAACAACAGCAGCAGCAGCAACAGCAGCAGCAGCAGACUCUGUUACAAUCAAAUCAGUUCCAAUCGUCUCAGCAAUCCGUCAUGCAAACUUCAUCUGGUAUGCAAUCAGCUCCUCUGUCUGGCCUUCAACAGAAUCAGCCGUCUUCUGUUCAACAGUCAUCACAAUCUGUGCUUCAGCAACAUCCACCGGCGGUUCUCAGGCAACAGCAACAGCCACAACAGACUCCUGUUAUGCAUCAACAGCAAACAUCAAUGACACAGCAGCCAAUAUUGCCCUCACAGCAGCAGCAGCUUAUAGGACAACCACCCAAUGCUACAACCAUGCAAUCAAAUCAGUUGAUUGGACAACAAAACAGCUUUACUGACUUGCAGCAGCAGCAGCAGCAACAGCAGCAGAGGCUGCUAAGCCAGCAAAAUAAUCUUCCAAACCUGCAGCAGCAGCAACAGCAGCAGCAGCACCAGUUAAUGGCUCAGCAGAGCAACCUUUCGAAUAUUCAUCAGCAACAGCUGGGCCAUCAAAGUAAUGUUUCUGCACUGCAGCAGCAGCAACAAAUGCUUGGAACUCAAUCUGGUAAUCCUAGUAUGCAGACUAAUCAGCACCCUGUACAUAUAUUGCAACAAUCCAAGGUUCCAGUUCAGCAACAAACGCAGCAGGGUGUGUCAAAUUUGCUGGCAACACAAGGGCAGCAGUCACAACAACAGCCAUCACAGCAGCAACUGAUGUCACAGUUUCAAUCACAGUCAACACAGUUGCAACCACAGCCAAAUUCAUUACAGAGAGACAUGCAACAAAGACUUCAAACCUCAGGGGCCUUGCUUCAAACACAGAAUGUUAUUGAUCAGCAGAAGCAGUUAUUUCAGUCCCAAAGAGCUCUUCCAGAAGCAUCAUCAACUUCUUUGGAUUCCACAGCCCAGACAGGGACUACUAAUGUGGGUGAUUGGCAAGAGGAGGUGUAUCAAAAGAUAAAAAUAAUGAAGGAGAUGUACUUACCUGAUUUAAAUGAGAUGCACCAGAAAAUUGCAGCUAAAUUGCAGCAGCAUGAUUCUCUUCCUCAGCAACCAAAGACAGAGCAGCUCGAGAAGCUCAAAAUAUUUAAAGCAAUGUUGGAGAGGAUGAUUACAGUCUUGCAGUUUUCCAAGAAUAGUAUUACACCUAAUUUCAAGGAGAAGCUGAGCAGCUAUGAAAAGCAGAUAGUUAACUUUAUUAACACACAUAGGCCCCGGAAGCCUGUUCCUCCACUGCAGCAUGGACAAUUGCCUCUGUCUCAUAUGCACUCCAUGCAGCAGCCACAGCAGUCACAAUCUCAACUUACUCAAGGUCAGCCACAUGAAAAUCAAAUGAACCCUCAGUUGCAACCAAUGAAUUUACAGGGUUCUGUAGCAACAAUGCAGCAGAACAAUGUGCCAAGCUUACAGCCAAGUUCUAUGCCUUCUUUAUCUGGCCUGCCAAAUGCACAGCAGAAUAUAAUGAAUUCACUACAAUCCAGUGCCAAUUUGGAUUCAGGACAAGGAAAUGCACUGACUUCAUUGCAGCAGGCUGCUGUAGGAGCUCUACAACAAAACCCUGUGAGUGCUCCCCAACAGGCAAACAUUAACAACUUGUCAUCACAAAAUGGGGUUAAUGUGCUACAGCAGAACAUUAAUCAACUUCAGCCAAAUUCCAAUAUGCUUCAACAUCAGCAUCUGAAACAACAGCAGGAGCAGAUGAUGCAGACACAGCAACUGAAACAGCAAAUGCAGCAGCGCCAGAUGCAGCAGCAGUUGAUGCAAAAACAACAGUUGAUACAACAACAACACCAACAACAACAGCAGCAGCAGCAGCAGCAGCAGCAGUUACACCAGCAAACAAAACAGCAGCAGCCUGCACAAUUGCAGGCACACCAAAUGUCACAGCCUCAUCAAAUGAAUGAUGUGAGUGAUUUGAAGAUGAGGCAGGGAAUGAGUGCGAAUAAACCAGGAGUAUUCCACCAACAUCAAGGAGCAGUGCAGCGCUCAGCUUAUCCUCAACCGUUGAAAUCUGGAACUUCAUUUCCUAUUUCCUCACCUCAACUCCUGCAGACUGCAUCUCCUCAAAUUCCUCAACAUUCUUCGCCACAGAUUGAUCAGCAAAAUUUGCUAACAUCUCUUACAAAAGCUGGAACACCUUUGCAAUCUGCAAAUUCGCCAUUUGUGGUUCCAUCUCCUUCAACUCCCUUGGCUCCAUCACCUAUGCCAGGGGAAUCUGAGAAACUUAAUUCUGGUAUUUCCUCAAUCACGAAUGCUGGAAAUAUUGGACAUCACCAAACAACUGGUGCACUAGCACCACCCCCAUCCCUUGCCAUUGGAACCCCUGGGAUAUCAGCCUCGCCGUUGCUUGCUGAGUUCACCAGUCUGGAUGGCAAUCAUGGUAAUGCAUCAACAAUGGUUUCUGGCAAGUCAAGUGUUACAGAGCAGCCGCUUGAACGCUUAAUUAAAGUGGUAAAGUUGAUGUCACCUAAAGCUUUAAGUGCCUCGGUUAGCGACAUUGGUUCAGUUGUCAGCAUGAUCGAUAGGAUUGCAGGAUCUGCUCCUGGUAAUGGGUCCAGGGCUGCAGUUGGUGAGGAUUUGGUUGCCAUGACAAAAUGCCGUUUGCAAGCAAGAAAUUUUAUCACACUAGAUGGAGCUGCUGGAACAAGGAAAAUGAGGCGCUACACUAGUGCAAUGCCCUUAAAUGUUGUAUCAUCAGCUGGCAGUGUGAAUGACAGCUUCAAGCAGUUGGCUGGUUCAGAGACAUCUGACCUAGAGUCAACAGCGACAUCUAGUGCCAAGAGGCCCCGGAUUGAGGUUAAUCAUGCCCUGUUGGAGGAAAUAAGGGAGAUAAAUCAACGACUUAUAGACACUGUAGUAGAUAUCAGUCAUGAAGAUGUUGAUCCAGCAGCAGCAGCAGCUGCUGCUGCUGAAGCUGGUGAAGGAACCAUUGUUAAGUGCUCUUUCAGUGCUGUAGCUCUCAGCCCAAACUUGAAAUCACAGUAUACCUCAACACAAAUGUCACCAAUUCAGCCCUUACGAUUGCUUGUUCCCACAAAUUAUCCAAAUAGCUCUCCAAUACUCUUGGACAAGUUUCCAGUUGAAAUAAGCAAAGAGUAUGAAGAUCUUUCAGUAAAGGCUAAGUCGAUUAGCAUCUCACUUCGCAGCCUGUCACAACCCAUGUCACUUGGAGAGAUAGCAAGGACUUGGGAUGUUUGUGCCCGUGCAGUUAUUUCUGAAUAUGCACAGCAGAGUGGCGGUGGGAGUUUCAGCUCAAGGUAUGGAGCGUGGGAGAACUGCUUGAGCGCUGCUUGACCAUCUCUACAGAGCCACCAAUUAGCCUAAAACAAGAAAACAGGAAGAAGAGAAAGAAUGUUCAAGGACUGGUGAUACAGAAUCUGCAGCGUUCGCGGCCCCCAUGGCCUAUAGAACAGUUACAGUAAGGUGUUUAUGGUGAAGUUUGUGGAUUUUCACAAGGGUGUUUUUGUAGCAUGUACUGUUUUAUAUGGUGUGUUACAGGAACUUGUAGCAUGUUCUGUUUUAUAUGGUGUAAAAUACAUCAUAAAACAUAUACUCAGUGGUUAAUGCUUGUUUUAUGCAUCAUAACCAUUCAGGUGUCUAGUGUGGCACAGGUUGCUUAGGUUUUAGACUACUUUCCCCUAAUUCCAGUUUUUCAAUAAAAAUGAUGUUGAUGUA